AUGGUCGAUCGCACGGUCUAUGCAGCGGACGCCGUGCCUGAGCUCCCGCUGCGGCAAAUCCUGGGGCGUCAGAAGAUCCCAGAAGACCUGUGCAGGCUCGUGGCCGACUCAGGCCUCAGGAGCGUGGAAACCUUCGCAAUGCUGGGGGAUACCAUAGCCAUGGUCAAGCAGACGAUCAAGACUCUGAUGCCGGAUCACGCCCAGCUCGGAGCUGAUCAACCUGCUCAAGAACUGGCUUUGACCUCACUGGCAGCGGUUUGGAAGACAUGCUCUACAAUGCAGGACCAUUUCGCAGCUCGCAGAGCGAAGGUGGAGGAGGAUCCGUCAAAGGUGCCGGAGAUCCCUGGUGAAGACCAUGCCGAAUUUAGACAGACGUUCGUCUCCAGGCACCCUGAUGUGGUCCUUCCAAUCCAUCGAGAGCCUCAUCGCAAGUUCGUUGAGAGAAUCCAAAGAGAUCACCUUGUCCACGGUUUUGUUCACUUCUACGAAGUGGGUGAGAUCAGGACACGCAACGAGCAGAUCGCUCAGAAGUCCGGGCUCUCCAAGAACGCGGAAGAUCUGCUGCGUGUGGUGACGAUCGACCAGCCCGUGACCGCCAGUUCAGAGAGCCAAGUCAUGGAUAAGCUUCAUGCGUUCUUCAUCACCUUGGAGUACCUCAACAUUUGUGAGUUCUCCUUCAAGGCCGGCCCUCUCAAAUAUUUGGCCGAACUGGAAGAGUGGCGGCAUGAGAACCGUGGCCUUGCUCUGCUCCUGGCAGCGGACUCGCUGAUCAGGAAGAAAGUCCAUCGGGUGAGCUCGGACCAGCGGAAGAGGUUCAGCACCUUCUCUGCAGCCCUCUUGGAAGUGCUCACCAACCACAAACAGUUGUGGAAUGAUGCUCGCUCGAGUGCGGAACUGGACAAGUUCAAGCAGGCGGCGACAUCCGCCCCUACGACACCGCCCAAGAAGCGAGCUCGUUCGACCUCACCACCCUCUCCACCAAGCACAGCCAAGGCCAAGAAGAAUCGCAAUCGGCGUGCUCGACAAAAAGUUCAACUUCAGCAGGCCAAAGCAGUUCUAGCAAAGCACUCUGAUCGUGACAAGCCAGACAGCAAGAAGCCGUCUCGCGAUGCUCGCGUGCCCCCGGCAGAGUGGCAGAAAAUCACCUCGUUCAAGUAUGGUGGCCCCGAACGCUGCCCUUUCUUCAACUGCUCGCUGGGGUUUCUGGGCCUAGCGAAAGGCAGCAAUGACGGCUCUCUCAGCUCUGCUGAGCGCAGCUCGAGCCCUUCGUCAGUCGAAGGUUCCUUUGCUGGGUCUUGGGCCACAAUUUUGUCACAUUUGCCCUCCUUGCGGAAACAAGGGCGUUUCUUUUUGGAGCUCUUUUCGGGCACUGCAGGGAUCACGGAAGCUGUUCAGCUCACUGGAGUCCCCGUGCUGCCGCCCAUUGACAUUGUGCUCUCCGAAAUGGUCAGAGAAGCUUCAGAUGUGGUCGAUGCUCAAGUGUGGCAGCGUGUGCUGCGGGCUCUGCGCGAAGGGGUGGUGUUCUACCUGCACUGCGGCACGCCUUGCAACACUUUUUCUUCUGCUCGCAAAGAUGACGGAGGUCCACCACCUCUGCGCUCAUUGGAGUACCCCAUGGGAUUGCCGGAUCUGAGUCUUGACAAUUGGUGCUUGGUUCAGCUUGGCAACUUGUUUUUAGGUCAUACUUGUGAGGCUUGUGUCAUUGUUUUCGAUCAUGGUGGGGAUUUUUCUAUCGAAAAUCCUCUUUUGAGCCUGAUGUGGGUCACUUAUUUGAUGGAUAAUUUGAUUUUCCAUGCUCGGGCUCUGGCCAUUGACCUCGAACAAUGCGCAUUUGGAGCUCCCUCUCGCAAGCCCACUCGACUGGAGUGCUCCAACGAACUCUUUGAUCCUUUGGCAAUCACUUGCCCUGGCGGUCAUGGCCACAUCAAGCUCAAGGGCAAGGUCAUCGACCCAGAAACGGGCAAGCGCGUGUUCAAGACCAAAGCAGCGCAGGUCUACCCUUGGGCGUUGUGUGCGGCGUUCGCCUCGGUGGUGCAUGCUCUCUGGCAGGAUCCGUUUCAACAUCUUCAGGCGUCCUUUCAGUUGGUUACGCCUGCUUCCGACCGGAAGCGGCAACUGGGAUCCUGCAAGCCGUGGCUGGGCCAUCGACAAAUGAGCUCCGCCCAACGUGCGCAGUGGGCCGGUUAUCAGCUCAAGCGUGGUGCAGCAAAGCCGCUCUUGCACAUCGAAAUGGAACCUGGUCAAGCCAUUGAGGCUGCUCUCCAUGUGAUCCAUCCUUUCACUUUGGCGGCUCCUUUGUCAGCCCCUGAAGAGAAAGCCUUAGGUGAGCUCAGGCGACCGGCGCAUGAAGUCGUUCGACAUCGAGGGCAUUUGCUCCGCCGUUGGUCACAGAUCGCAGUCGAAUUGCUGCCACAAUCUGUGCAAGCCAUUCGCCAGUUGCCAGAUGCUCCCUUGAGGCGGCUCCUUCUUGGCGGGGCGGAUCACGAACCACCAGUUCAUGGUCAGGUUUGCCAUGUCGCCUUGUAUGCAGCCAUGCUCGAUGCGUGCCAAUCAGUGGACCGCGCUUUGCCUCAGCUGCUCUUGGAAGGUUUUCCCAUUGUGGGCGAGAUCGCUCGCACAGGCCGUUGGCCAGCCUAUGAUAAGCCUCAGAAGGAUAUCCCCGUUCGGGAAGCGCUUGGUAGGGCCUGGGCAAUCAGACGCAAGAUCAUUCAGCGGGUCCUUUUUCACAUGAAGCUCAAGUUUCUGACAUCCUUGGAUGUGAAGAUUGGAUCCCAACCCAGAGAUUUGAAGUCGUUCAAUAACAAGGUCAGGGGUUGCGAUAGUGCCACUACAAACAUGAUCAACCAGGUCACAAAGAUCACUGAGAAGCUUCAGUUCCCCUCGACGGACACCAAUGUGGCGGCCCUGGGGAUGUUGAAGUCGAUCAAGCCAGAUGAAGAAUUGGCAGGCUGGGUGCUCGAUGAGCGGAAGGCAUACCGACAGGUGGCUAUUCGUCCUGAUCACCGCAAGUUCUCAGUCAUCUGCCUCAAGAGCCCCAAGUCUGGUGCUCCAAAUUUCUUUAUUAUGGUCGGCCACUCCUUUGGGCUCGUCUCGGCAGUCUAUAACUACAAUCGCCGUUCGGCUGCUAUCAACGAGUUCCUGGUGUCGUUGUUUGGAUUGGUUGCCUUCAGCUUCUAUGAUGACAAGUACGGGUUCGAGCCGAAGUCCACGGUGGAGAGCGCUCGCCUCGUGGCCGAGAGCGUCCAUUUUUGGCUUGGUGCUCGUUUUGAUCAGAAGAAGCUGCAACUGUCCGAAGCGCCUACGAUUUUGGGAGUCACCUACAACCUAUCGGCCAUGCAGCUGGAGAUCAAAGCCGAUCGCAAAGAGGAGAUCGCCAAUGAGAUUGACGCCAUCCUUACUUCAGGGCUUCUGGAUCCAGGCUCUGCCGGCAAGCUCAAAGGGAAGCUGAUGUUUGGCUCUUCUCAACUUUGGGGAAAAGUCGGUCGUGCUUUUCUGAGAGUUAUUUCUGAGAGGCAGUAUCUGCGUUUUCCUGUAGGUCAUGAGUUUAAACUAGACCCUGCUCUGAAGAAAGCUCUGAAUCAUUGGCGUAGGCUCGUUUUGCAUGGACCACCUAGGCCAAUUGAAACUGUUUCAGAGAAGCUCGUGGAUGCUGUUGUUUUCACUGACGGUUUCACACCAGAUCCGAGAUCGAAUCAGCGCGAGCCUGAUCGCAUUGGCGCUGUUCUCUUUGAUCGUAGGAUAGGUAGGCCUAGACAGUUCACAGCAGUCAUUCCUGAACGAGUCAAGAAACGCUGGCUCCAGCGUGAGACUCAAAUGGUUCCAGUUGAAAUGAUUGCUGCAGUCCUGGCUCUAGAGACUUUUGCCGAUCGACUGCGCGGAGCUGAUAUCUUGUUGCUCAUUGACUCUGAAGCAGUCGAAGGCUCCCUUAUCAAGGGAUACUCUAGUCGCGAAGAUCUUUGUGAACUCAUUUCGGUCUUUUGGGACCUUGCUUUUCAGUUGAGGGUUCGAGUGUUUAUCGAUCGAAUUUCAACUGAUGCCAAUCCUGCUGAUUGGCCGUCGAGAGAAAAGAUGUUCAUUGGCGAAAGCAUUGGAUGGGAGACGGUUAAUGUCUUGUGGCCGCCGUCGCUCUUUCAGUGA